ACCCUGGGCUCACUUUUUGUCUUCUUCCCCAAUGAAAAAAUCUUUUGCUUCCAGGCAUGAAUGGCACUACGGGAAAGGUGCAGGUAUUAAAUACAAUGCAAGUGAGAAGUGAGAAGAGUUAGAUUGAAAUUGAACAAGCAAUGCCCUUUGCUGAUAUCAUUCGUCAGGCCCCCUUUUUCUUCUUUGUCAAUGCCACUAACUAUAAAUCAUCUUUCGUAAUCAUUCCUCCAAGACUCGGAUUAGGACGACGCAUAUGUUCUUGUUCUGGGUCUCUUCCUUCCGCCCCAAAAUCCAAUGUCCCGCUCUCGCCAUCUCAGCAAACUAUCAAUGGGGGCAAAGUGACGGAAUUGAAGAAGAAAGUGGAACUUCUUGGGAUUCAAGGUCACGAUUCUUGUCUUCCUGGACGAUACAACUAUUUAUUCUGCCCCAAGUGCAGAGGUGGCAAGUCAAUGGGGAGGACUUUAUCUCUUCAUAUUAUUGACAAGGGAGAUUUUGCAAUGUGGAGAUGUUUUCAAACUGAUUGCGGUUGGGCAGGCCAGGCCUUUGCGGACAGCUCUAAAAUAAUAAUGAAUGGCACAGUGUUGGAACCAAUCGGGGAUGAAUUGAUUGCUUAUUUUGCUGGGCGGAGGAUAUCUAAGGCAACUCUGCAGAGAAAUGCUGUCAUGCAAAGAUCUGGUGAUCAGGCGGUCAUUGCUUUCACUUACAGAGGGAAUGGGGUGAUUGUUGGGUGCAAGUACCGAACCUUGGAGAAAAAGUUUUGGCAGGAGAAGGGUACAAAAAAAUGGUUGUAUGGACUAGAUGACAUCGAGGAAGCUGCUACAGUCGUUGUUGUUGAAGGUGAAAUAGAUAAGCUUGCUGUGGAAGAAGCUGGUGUCCAUAAUUGUGUAAGUGUUCCUUGUGGUGCACCCCAGACGGUUUCUGCCAAAGAAUUACCAACAUUGGAAAAGGACAUUGCAUAUCAGUAUCUAUGGAACUCGAAAGAGUACUUGGAUAAGGUAUCUUGCAUUAUCCUGGCAACUGAUGUUGACGACCCUGGCAAUGCCUUGGCUGAGGAGCUAGCACGUCGGCUUGGAAAAGAAAGAUGUUGGCGAGUGGAAUGGCCAAAGAAAGAUGACUUUUCUUGUUUCAAAGAUGCAAACGAGGUUCUCAAGUGCUUGGGACCAGAAGCUUUGAAGGAAGUAAUUGAAAAUGCAAAACCAUAUCAGGAAUACAUGUAAUGAUCAAUUUAAAAGGGGAUUCAAACUUAGUUUUUUUAUUUAUUUUAUUUUUACAUAGGGUAAAGCCUAAAAGUUUGUCGUGGCGAAAAAUAGCUGUAAAAUAUGGAACCUUGUCAGGAAGAACAUACAUGAGGAACAUAGUUCAUGUGGUGGGGAUUUUUGUUGUACUUGUAUAGGCAUUCUUUUCCAUUACCCCCACUGGAGAAUGUCUUGACUUGGAAUAAUUUGACAUGCCAGAAUACAGUUUAAAGGCCAAUUAUCAUGGUGUAUUUUAAUUGUUUAAUUAAUUGAUUGACUGUUGAUGUAAUUUUUA